GUCGGAGCCAGUCUACCGGCCGGCCACCAGGCCAGCCUCGUCCAAUCAGCCGUCAGCCACGACUUGUUGAAAGUCUACAACACUCGGGCUCUCUUCAUGCCGCGCUGCGUUUUCUUUCUCGCAAUCAGUUUGCCUCAGGCCUUCCUAACGUGCACUCCCUACGUCUUUUUUUUCAAUCAUACCAUCAACUUAUAAAAUUACAUCCUUCCAUUCGGAAAUAAUGGACAUGUGCCUUAUUACGGACUGGAGAAACAAUUGAUACGAAAUAAAAUACGAAUAUCAAUAUGAGCGAACGUUAAAAAUCAUUAUUUUUGUUAAUCACAACUAAACGAAACUAUGACAAACUUUUAUGAUUCAUGGGUCGCCUUGGGCCUCACUCGAAUCUUACGACCACCAAAUUUUCUGUGAUCGACUAUCGGCAUUUCUUCAUUUCUCCGUUCCUCAAUAUAUUUUGCAAUAUCUUCGCGAUACGUUAUGGGCUCGUAGAAGAGAUCGUGCUUGUGAAUAUCAGGUGCAGUGCGUGCGUGACCACCGUGGGAAAUUCGAACGUGACUGCCACAGUGCCAGUGAGGGAUUAUAUUGCGGGGAAAGGACGACGUUGAAAAAAGGGUUGCUCGCUGUUUCAAGUGAUGUGUAGAUGUAUAUGUGGUGAAUGAUGAAAUAACGGAGUAAAAAUAUAAGAUAAAGAGAAGAAAAAAAUAUAUUCUAACGUAUGCAGCUUCACGGUUUGUGCUCUGCUCGCAAAUUCGCCACCAGGGCUACUGUAUUUUUGUGUCGUCUCUCAAUCGGAGAAUAAAAAAAUCGGCAGCUUCCCGAGAACCAUGGCGCCUCCGGACAAACUGAGAUCAUCGCGGCCUGGUUCGGGUCUGAGCCUUUCCGUUCUCGAUUUAGCACAAAUUCGUGCCCUCGUCGAGUCGACGACGAUUCUCGGCGGUUCGACUUGUCCGUCCUGCGAGAUGCCUUUCGACAAGGGCAAAAAGCGUCGACUCAUCGACUCGUGUGGUCACGAGCGAUGCUACUCCUGUCUAUUCCGUAGCGAGGCAUGCCCGAUAUGUCUUCAACGUACGGGUGUUAGCGACGAGGUCCUUCGCGAUCAUCACCAGUAUCCUUACGAGAACGAAGUCGCCGGUUUCUGUUCUUCGGAACCGGUAUCGAUGCUCGCUACCAACGAUGACUGGCUCGACGAUCCCUCCUCCAUAAAUUCUCUAUGCGGUAGCCCGAGACCUCCUCGAACGAGGAUCAACCCGAGGGGAGCCAAUCUGCCCCCUCGCCUCCCUCACUUGAAGGAUUCGACCGAGAACGUGACGUCGGCCGCAGCGGCGGGAGCGAUGGGAAAGGGCCUCAAGAGCAAGCCACCUGUACUUCCGGAAUCCAUCACUUCCCAGGCUCGGCACAAGGCUCAAGCUAUGGCUCAAAGUUGUCCAACCCCACCGAACCAGCGCAAGAGAUUUUUUCUCAAUCCGAAAGUAUUAAGAGGUCCGUUCGCACCUCAGCGAGCUGCACGGAGAGGGGCCUCAACUCCCGAUCAGACAGGGAACGAAAAUCCUUCUGCUUUGUCAGCGUGGAUGACAUCGUCUUGGGAAGGAAAAUCAAGAUGGCCCGGUGUCGUACUUGGUAAAAUCAAAUCACUGUGGAGUACGAGUCAGGGUAGUACGAGUGAUGGAUUGAAUCAACUCAUCGACUCGUCCAGUAGCAAAAUAGACAACGGACUCGUUCGAAAUUCUGUCAAAGUUCACGAUGGCCUCAAUCAGCUGAUUGUUCCCUCCAACAAAGUCACAGAUGAUGAAGGAGGUUGCGUCAAGCCGCUGUCUUCGAAAACAAGGAAAUCAUCACAGUCUGAUCUUUACAUGAGGCUUGGACUUUUAUUGGGCUCGGGUAAUCUGAGAGGAAAUCAUGGUGUCGAUAUCGUGGAUUAUCCAGGUGGAACUAGUCGUCCAGGACAGAGUUCUGGGCUCUGCCCAAGGCCACAAGUUCGAUUAAACGAUGCGCGAGGUCACGACACCUCGUUCAGUAGUUUGACGAGUUUCGAAACUCAAACGCUUGCCUCGACGAAUACCAGUCCUGUAUCGACACUGACCGGGACCUCGAGCGAAGCCGAAGUAGCAGCUGCACUUCGCAGUCCCAUUAAGCCCAAAGGAAAAUCAAAGGGGAAGGGAAAAGUUCGCGAUUGUGAUAGCGCUGGAAGUCUCGCUUCGAUAUCGACUUCUGUCUCAGCGUCCACUUCAAUGUCCAUGUCAAUGUCUGUCUCGGUUUCUGGGUUGUCGAAUGGAAGUUCGAGUCCUCUCACCCCACGCAGACAUUCUUCAACUAACCAGUCUAACCAAUUCGACGAACGCGAGCAUCUUAAAAAUCGCAGAUGUUGCGUUCGAAGAUCAGCCCGAGGCAACGUGAAGGGACCGCUUGAUUCAAAAUUACGCUUUACGCAACAUCCAGCAGCCCAGUUGACUUUGAAGCCUCUUUUCUUCGAAGUACCCCUAGUAGAAUCGGAUCCUCUAUUUACCGGACGUCAAUGGCUGCUGCAGGAAUUCGAGACAGUUAUAAAAGGUUCUAGUCCAGGUGUCCUUUUAUCUGGUUCCCCUGGAACCGGAAAGACAGCCUUGGUCCUUCAGCUCGUUGAGCACAGUUGUUUCGGAAGGCGGCGUAACCAGUGUCUGGUUGAAGAAAAUACGGACUCCAUAGACGAGAUAGAAAGACCAUCUUCAGUUUCGUCGAUGGAAACGAAUAUACGUCGAACGAACGAAAAAAUACGAGAACUUGCUUCUCACGUAGUAGCUUAUCAUUUUUGUCAAGCUGACAACAACAGCACUUGUUUGGUGCCUGAUCUCAUUCACUCAUUGGCAGCUCAACUAUGUCAAGCACCACAGCUCAUAUCAUAUCGCGAAUAUCUUUUGUCAGAGCCCCAUCUUCAAGGUUCUUUGUCACAGCGCGAGUGCACGGUUGAUCCGGACUUGGCGCUGUCACGUGGAAUAAUAGAGCCACUGCUCAGCCUGCGGAAAUCUGGCAGAUUGCCCGAAGUCAACAUGGUCAUUCUUAUUGAUGCGGUUUGCGAGGCUGAAUAUCACAGGCCCGAUCGAGGCGACACUAUAGCCUCUUUUCUCACGAGGCACGCUCCGAAUUUUCCAAACUGGCUUAAAAUUGUUUGCACCGUGAGGAGUCAGCUCCGCGAAUGUGCCAAGCAAUUGCCAUACACAAGAAUUUCCUUGGACAGAUGUAACAACGAUAUCACGAGCAGCAACGUCACCAGAGACUUGGCCGAUUACAUCGGUUAUAGGCUCGCACAGAGUACCGCAAUACAGAUGAACGUGACGGCAUCGCUUAAUGGAAAAGCCGAAUCAUCGUGCGGUGCCAAUCAAACGAGAUUUGCUUCGCAUUUACUUGCCCUCGCUGGCGGUAGUUUUCUCUUCGCUAAACUCACUCUGGAUCUCAUUGAAAGCGGCCAUCUCGUGGCCAAAUCGGCCAGUUACAAAGUUUUACCAGUAUCGCUGGCACAGAUCUUUCAGUUACAUUUUAACCUGAGAUUCCCAACGGCUACCUCGUUCGACAAGGUUCAACCGCUAUUGGGAGUUUGCCUCGCCGCACUUUAUCCACUUACCCUCACCGAGAUGUAUUAUUCCGUCAAUUCCUUGUACACUGACCAGUUCGUUUCAUGGGAGGACUUCUUGCAGAGAUUCAAGAUGCUGUCUGGAUUUAUCGUGAAACGAUUGGACGACACCUACAUGUUCUUCCAUCCAUCAUUCAGGGAAUGGCUGAUGCGCAGGGAUGAAGGGGAAUCCACUAAGUUCCUGUGCGAUCUGAGACUCGGUCACGCGGCGAUUGCGUUCCGACUGUCCCGUUUGCAAUCACCGUUAGACGGCGAAAGAGUUCUCGAACUGGGUCACCACGUAUUGAAAGCACAUGUUUACCGAGGCGUGGCGCCGUGCUGGCCAUCGCGAGAUUUGCAAGCUUUGUGGAUGAGCACAUCAGCCGAGUGUGUUUCUUGGGCGCUAUGUACGCUCAGGAACAUCUACAGUCCUAACGUGAAAGUCUCGAGACUACUCCUGCUGGCGGGAGCGUCACCGAAUCACGUUACCGACUAUCUGGGCAAUGCACCGGCCCUCUGCAUGUACGCGCACGAGGGAUCUGUUGAGAUGGUGUCGCUGUUGCUCGAAUUUGGAGCUGAUGUUGAGCUGACCAACAGCCAGGGUUGUACGGCACUGUCUCUGGCUGCUGCACGGGGCCAUUGUGACGUAGUUCGAAGACUGGCAGCCGCAGGAGCUUCGUUGGGUCACGCGGACAUGGCUGGCCAGUGUUCUCUGGUUCACGCGGCCCGACACGGCCGCUUGUCCGUGGUAGGAUAUCUUUUAGCUUGCGAUUGGGUGGCUCCUGCUAGCGAAACGAAUUCUGAAAUAUCGAGUCAUUCGGACGUCUGUCUGGAAGAAGCCGCUCAACAAGCGGUCGUCGCCGCAGCUUCCCAAGGGCACGAGGCCGUGGUUGAGUACCUACUGGACAUGGCGGAAAUAGCAGUUGACAAACCUGACAGUCUCAUCGGUGAAACAGCUUUAACUAUUGCCGCUGCUCAUGGCUCGACCGCGACAGUUUCGGCUCUUUUGGCACGCGGGGCCAAUUCCAUGUCAACGAAUUCCAAAGGCUUGUCGGCUCUCAUGCUGGCUGCGAGAGAAGGCCACUGGGGUACAGCCGAGAGAUUGCUCCAAGGAUCUUUGUCUACUAGCACUGACGUCGUUCAUGACAACGCAGCGGCGCUACUCGAACAGCGAGAUGGAUCAGGCCGCACCGCACUCAUGUUGGCCGCGUCUGAAGGUCACACCAAUCUCAUCGAACUGUUCCUCGACAGAGGAGCGGUUCUGGAAGCCACAGAUAAGGAAGGACUUGGAGCACUCGGUUGGGCUUGUGUCAGGGGUAGAGUCAAUGCCGUUCAGAUUCUUCUCGAUCGUGGUGCUGAUGUUAACGCCAACGAUAAUACCGGGAGAACGCCUUUGGACUUGGCUGCCUUCCAGGGCAAUCCUAAACUGGUGCAAUUACUAUUGGAACGAGGUGCUGUCGUCGAACACGUGGAUCUGCACGGUAUGCGCCCUCUCGACAGAGCCAUUGGGUGUCGCAACGUGCCUGUCGUUCAGUGUUUUUUGCGACGUGGUGCAAAGCUUGGGCCCGCGACGUGGACUAUGGCUGCGGGCAAACCUGACGUUCUAUUGAUCCUGUUGAACAAGCUUUUGGAGGAUGGUAACGUGCUCUACCGGAAGGGACGACUGAAAGAGGCGUCGCACCGUUACGCAUACGCCUUGAGAAAAUUCCCUGAUCAGCCGCAACAAAUUCUGGACAGUCAAAGUCAAGAACAGAACAAUAUGAUCAUUCACGUUCAAACUUUCACUCAGCUGAGGCUCAAUUUUGUGCUGAAUUUGAGCAGAUGCAAGCGCAAGAUGAACGAAUGUGAGGAGGCCAUCGAGCUUGCUGAAGAGGCACUUAAAAUUCGACCCGAUUCUUACGAAGCUUUCUACGCCCGGGCUAAAGCACGAGUUGACAUAAACUGCUUGGCAGAGGCUCUGGCCGACGUACAAGACGCUUUGAAAAUCGCACCGAUUACCAACAAGCAAGAUCGAAGAGUUCUUUCAGCUCUUAGUGAUGAGAUUAUUUCGAGACUGGAAGGUACAGGAAUGGGUUGCAGUAAGGGGCCAAUGGAUGCUUCAUCGAGAAUGAGGUUCAGGGCAUCAAUCGACACGCUUACCGAGCUAUAACCGCUCUCAGUAGCAACGAAGGAUAAACUGUAAAAAAAAAAAAAAAAAAAAAACGGACUGAACCGUCCUUCGACGGACUGUACGCAUUUUUAAACUAGCUUUUUUUGAAAUUUGCUUUCUAUUAUGAAAAGUUUCGAAACUAUUCCAAAGCUUUGACAGAGAAAUAGAAAAGAUUACGAGUAUAGACGCGAACGAAAAACCAAUUCGGUGUAAUUGCUCCAUAAAUCUUUAGAUUUUGAAUCGAACGAGCACAUAUAUUUAUAUAUAUUCUGUAUAUUGUAUUAUUCUCAUUAUCAAUAAUAUGAUUGCUUACUAUUAUUUCCAUAAUUCUUGGCUCCAUCAGGUAGUUAAAUUGAAUUAAAGUAAACAGAAAAGAAGAAGAUUUUUAUUUACGUGGAAAAAUCGAUGAAUUACCUCGUUCCAGAGUUUUUUUCCCCGCAAUCUCUGACGGGCAUUGUCCAAUAUUUGAACCCUAUCACAUUGUGGAAAAUUUUUUCGAAAUAGAUUUUUUCGAAGAUCUUUCAUUAGUCUCAAAAAUUUGAAUGUUGCCAACGAUGCAGUUCUCUUGCCAAUGACGAUUUUCAACAAAUGAGCGAUCGUCGCGUGAUUCUUUGUUUUGUGCGUUCUUACUUGUUCUCACAGAGCUCGAUUGCUAGUUUUCUUCGAUGAUGGAACGUCCGUAAACGUAUGGAAAAGCGCUAUAUUAUUGUAAUUAAUCUCGUGAUUCAAGAAUCUGAUUCGAGGCAUGUGGACCAGGAUUUUUGAUACGAGUAUUGUUGUUUCUAUAAUUAUAAUUAUUAUUAUUUAUUACCAUAUUUAUAUACAAUGAAUAAAUUCACAAAAUUGUUGUCUUUUUUCGCGUUUUAAUUUAUUGCUAUUUAUCAUAUUUCCGUCUCAUGACGAGUCAUGAGUUUUUAAAACUUUUUGUGAAUUUUAAAUUUGAAUGAAAAUUGUAAAAAAAUAUGGAAAAAAUUAUGUAUGAAAAAAUUCAGCGGAUAUGAGUUUUCUACGGAGUUGUUUUUAACGUAACUCGCAAUCGACUUUUCAAAAUAAAUACGUUAUGACAUUGUGCCUUUA